UUUGCCUCAAUCAUUAACAUUAGCAGGGCACACAGUCCAAACCUAAAACCCCAAUUUCCGAAAUUCACCGCCGCCACCAUGGCGGAGCUGAAGCUAUCGGAGAGCCGCGACCUGACCCGCAUAGAGCGCAUAGGCGCUCACUCUCAUAUCCGCGGCCUCGGCCUGGAUUCCUCCCUCGAGCCCCGCGCUGUCUCCGACGGCAUGGUCGGCCAAACCGCAGCCAGAAAAGCCGCCGGCGUGAUCCUCCAGAUGAUCAAGGACGGCAAGAUCGCCGGUCGCGCCGUACUCCUCGCCGGACAGCCCGGUACCGGUAAAACCGCCAUCGCCAUGGGAAUGGCGAAGUCCCUCGGCCUCGAAACUCCGUUCGCCAUGAUGGCCGGCAGCGAGCUCUUCUCCCUCGAGAUGUCGAAGACCGAAGCCCUCACCCAGGCCUUCCGCAAGGCAAUCGGCGUCCGAAUCAAGGAAGAGACGGAGGUUAUCGAAGGCGAGGUCGUGGAGGUCCAGAUCGACCGUCCGGCGGUGACCGGAGCCGCCGUGAAGACCGGGAAGUUGACACUGAAGACGACGGAGAUGGAGACGGUGUACGACCUAGGGGCGAAGAUGAUUGAGUCGCUGGGGAAGGAGAAGGUGACGAGCGGCGACGUUAUCGCCAUCGACAAGGCCUCAGGGAAGAUCACGAAGCUUGGCAGGUCGUUCUCACGGUCGAGGGAUUUCGAUGCCAUGGGACCUCAGGUGAAGUUCGUGCAGUGCCCUGAUGGUGAGUUGCAGAAAAGGAAGGAGGUUGUGCAUUGCGUUACUCUUCAUGAGAUUGAUGUUAUUAAUAGCAGGACACAGGGGUUUCUGGCUCUUUUCACUGGUGAUACAGGUGAAAUUCGUGCGGAAGUCAGAGAACAAAUUGACACCAAAGUGGCAGAGUGGAGAGAGGAAGGAAAGGCAGAGAUUGUGCCUGGUGUCCUUUUCAUUGAUGAGGUGCACAUGCUGGACAUAGAGUGCUUUUCAUUUCUCAAUCGAGCUCUGGAGAAUGAGAUGGCUCCGAUAUUAGUUGUUGCUACCAACAGAGGCAUCACAACGAUUCGAGGCACAACCUACAAAUCCCCACAUGGGAUUCCCAUUGAUCUGCUUGAUCGCCUACUCAUCAUCUCUACUCAACCUUAUACAGAGGAUGACAUUCGCAAAAUUCUGGACAUCAGAUGCGAAGAGGAGGAUGUAGAAAUGGCUGAAGGUGCAAAGUGUUUGUUAACAAAAAUAGGUGUAGAAACAUCGUUGAGAUAUGCUAUUCAUCUAAUCACAGCAGCUGCAUUGGCAUGCCAAAAGCGAAAGGGAACAAUGGUGGAUAUGGAAGAUAUAAAUCGGGUGUACAAUCUGUUUUUGGAUGUCAAAAGAUCAACACAAUAUUUGAUGGAGUAUCAAAAUCAGUACAUGUUCAAUGAAACAGGAGAAGUUGAUGAAGAUGAUAUGGUCUCCUGAAACUCACGAACUUUAGCUUUUGAGAGUUUGUAAUUAGCUGCUCAGUCUUUGUUCAUGUAAGUUGCAGCAAUAUAUUCCAGGAUCUGGUGGAUCUGUGCAAUAUCGGUACUAUGCAUGUGAGGGGCUGCACUGUAUUUUUAUUUUAGUUUUUUAAUAUUUUUAAAUUUCCUGUAUCAUCCGUGCACUAUCAGGCUCUUGUUCUUGCACGAGUCAUCAAUGGAGAGUAGCUUAAGAGUAAUUUUUAGGUAGGCACGCCACAAUUUAGAUGCUCAAAUUAUUAUUUUACGAGUGUAAGGAUAUGUGAAUUUUAUUAGAAAUGAUCCUAUCUUUGAAAAUUUGUUUGGA